AUCCUGUACUUGUCUAAUAGAAAGAUUUGAGUUGUCGUUUAAUUGUAUUUAAUUGUUGUCUUUCUAAUUUAAUUUACGGACGUCUGUUCAUGUAUCACAAGUUGUAUGAAUUAAGUAAAUGAAUAUACCUGGAUAAUUCUGAUACGUAAGUUAAAAGCGAAGACACGUGGUUCUGUAUACAACAGACAGAGAAUUCGUUAUUUUAGCGAACUUUUACAUCGACGUAAAGACUAUAAAUUUCUUUGAAUAAUUAAAAAAUGGGACGGAAAGCGAAAUUUGACGGGACAGUUGCUCCGAGUAAGAAAAAAGGAGGAAAGAAAGCUAAGAAGCAGGGAGAACCUACGUUUCCAAAGGGAGUAUUAGUGAAGGAGGAGAAACAAUUGAGCCACAGGCAGAAGCAACGUGCUAAGAAGAGGCUGUUAAAGAAACAGAAUCUAAAUGAAAAAUUGAAGAAGUUACAAAAGACAAAGGAUGUAGAAGAUGUUAUGAAUGAAAAUAAUGUAAAAGUUGUUUCGAAGAAGUCGAAGAAGAAAAAGAAACCGGUUGAAAAUGGAUCUUCAGACAAUGAUGACACUGAGAUGCAGUUGGACAGUGAAGAGGAAAUUUUGGAAGAACAGAAGGAUUCGAAAAUGAAAUUGCUCGAAAGUGAAACAGAGGAUGAAGAUGUUGAAAAUGACAAGGAAUAUGAUUCCGAUGAGUCUGAACAAAGUGAGGAAAUGGACAAUGAGGAGACUGAUCAAGAUAAAGAGGAGAAUAGUGACGUGGACGACGGAGACAAUUUGCUACCGAUAGAAAAGGCGAAUAAAAGAUUGAAGAGGAAACAGGAGAAAGAACAAAAGUUGGCGGAGGAGGAAAUGCACGAUAUGACUUUGCAGCAAUGCGUUUUCACGUUUCCAACCAAGGAAGAACUCGCAGACAUGACUAAUUUAAAAGAUGUGCAACAACGAAUAAAGGACGUAGUCAUGAUAUUAUCUGAUUUCAAAAGAUUGCGUGAUGAGAAGAGGUCACGUUCGGAAUACAUGAAUCUACUUAGACAGGAUUUAUGCACGUACUACAGUUACAAUAAUUUCUUGAUGGAGAGAUUGAUGCAAAUAUUUCCAUUAGACGAGCUGAUGGAAUUUCUAGAAGCCAGUGAAGUUCAGCGACCUAUGACACUACGGACGAACACAUUGAAAACGCGUCGUCGAGAUUUAGCAGAGGCUUUAAUUAAUAGGGGUGUCAAUUUAGAUCCUAUCGGUAAAUGGACAAAAGUUGGGCUAGUGGUUUAUUCGUCGCAAGUACCUAUGGGCGCGACUCCCGAGUAUUUAGCGGGACAUUACAUUCUGCAAGGUGCAUCUAGCUUCUUACCGGUUAUGGCUCUGGAGCCGAAAGAAAACGAAAGAAUUCUGGACAUGUGCGCCGCGCCUGGCGGAAAGUCGUCGCAUAUCGCGGCGUUGAUGAAAAACACGGGAGUACUUUUCUCCAACGACGUAAACGAAGACAGGAUAAAGGCAGUCGUCGGGAAUUUUCACAGACUCGGAAUUGUGAAUUCCGUGAUCUGUACUUAUGACGGACGGAAGAUACCAUCGGUGAUCAAAGGUUUCGAUAGAGUGUUAUUAGAUGCACCGUGCACGGGCACCGGCGUCGUUUCGAAGGAUCCGAGCGUCAAAACAAAUAAAGACGAGAUAGACAUACAGCGUUGCUGCACGUUGCAAAGGGAUUUGCUUUUAGCAGCUAUCGAUUGUACGAACGCGCGAUCGGAAUCUGGCGGUAUCAUCGUUUAUUCUACGUGUUCAGUUUUGCCGGAAGAGAACGAAUGCGUCGUCAAUUAUGCCCUUAAGAAACGGGACGUUAAACUAGUGCCGACCGGCCUGGAAUUCGGGGCCGAAGGUUUUACGAGCUACAGACAGUACAGAUACCAUCCAUCGUUGAAACUCACGAAACGAUUUUACCCUCACGUACACAAUAUGGACGGAUUCUUUGUGGCGAAAUUAAAAAAGUUCUCGAAUAUUGUUCACAAGAAGAAAGACACAGACGACGAACUUAUCGAUUAACGUUACUUUAAAUAUAUUAAAAAUAUAUCAUUUGUAUGUACAGAUUUUAUAUUUUACAUUAAACUUUAUGUAUAAAUAAACUUUAUAGUUUUACCUUUCAGAUUAUAUCGCUUGCACAUUGAUCGAAAGAAUAAACACAACUAUGUAAUCCUCGUACAAAACAGUCGUUGAAUUCCUGAUGCUUUAGCUAAUGGAAAAAUAUACUUUUUAAUUCCUUUUC